CGGUAGAAAAGACAGAGCGAAUGGAUGACUUUGUCUCGACAAAUACAGCAGCUAGCUAAUUACUUAAUGUUUCCAACCAUCCUUUUGAAUGUCACCUACGGAUAGUCAGGAUGAUCAGGUCAGUGUGAUGUUAGAUGAACGGUCUCGAUCAUCAACCGUACCUACAUGCUGAAACUCCUACCAUGCAAUAUAUCAGUGCAAUAACUCACCAAAUCUAAUUCUAAUCACCACUUCUUACAGCCAUGACUGAGAGAAAAGAGCAAGUGUUGAUGCUUCCCUUCAUGGCUCAUGGCCAUCUCAUCCCUUUCCUUUCAUUAGCAAGCCUUUUAGAACAAAAAACAACCUACACCAUCACCAUCAUCAGCACCCCACAGAACAUCCUAACCGUCCAAUCAUCUCUCCCUCCCAACACCUCCAUCCGCCUCACAUCUCUCCCCUUCAUCGCCUCCGACCACGGCCUCCCGCCCAACUCUGAAAACACUCAUUCCAUCCCAACCCAACUCAUCCUCCGCCUCAUCUCCGCCUCUGAAACCCUCCAACCCGCCUUCGAACAUCUCGUUGCUGGCAUCUGCCGCCGCGACGGUCCACCUCUCUACAUAAUCUCCGACAUGUUCAUGUCAUGGUCCGUCGAAACUGCUCACAAGUUCGGUAUACUCCAUUCCAUCUUCAACACCAUGGGAGCUUAUGGGACCGCCAUCUUCAUCUCCCUGUGGAAGCAUCUGCCUCAUAAGCGAACUGAAGCUGAUGAAUUCCCAUUACCGGAUUUUCCAAACAUGUAUCUGCACCGCACCCAGCUUGCCGAGACAUGCAAAGCUGCCGAUGGAAUGGAUCCUUGGUCAGUCUUCUUCCGGAAGCAUUUCUCCUUCUGGCAACAGUCACAUAUGAUUCUUGUCAAUACCGUUGAGGAUUUGGAAAGCAAGGCAUUGCAGCAGUUGAGAAUUAUUCUGCGGAAGAGCAUUCAGGCAAUCGGUCCCGUACUUCCUCCUCCUCCUUCCAUUAGCAAACCAGAAGGCUCUGUGCUAACGUGCGCUGAGUGGCUUAACAUGCAUCCGGAAGGCUCUGUUUUAUAUAUUUCAUUUGGGUCUCAGAAUUCAAUCCAUAUUAAGCAGAUGAUGGAAUUAGCGAAAGGAUUGGAAGCGUGUGGUAAGGCUUUCAUUUGGGUUAUUAGGCCUCCGAUCGGAUCGGAUGUGAAAGAGGGGUUUAGAUCGGAAUGGGUGCCGGAUGGAUUUGAAGAUCGAGUUACAGAGAGGAAGCAGGGUAUUUUGUUGCAUGGAUGGGUGCCGCAGGUGGAAAUUCUGUCGCAUGGAUCGACGGGUGCGUUUUUGAGUCAUUGCGGUUGGAAUUCGACGCUGGAGAGCUUGAGCUAUGGCAUGCCGGUGAUCGGAUGGCCAUUGGGUGCUGAUCAGUUUUGUAAUUCGAAGCUGUUGGUGGAAGAGCUGGGUGUUGGAGUGGAGUUAGCUAGGGGAACUACGGCUGAGAUUAGUGGGCUAGAUGUGGUAAGGGUGGUGGGAAUGGUGAUGGAUGGAGAGUCAGAGAAAGGGAAGGAGAUGAGAAGGAAAGCUAGGCAGAUUCAAGAGCUGAUGAAGGCAGCUGUUGCAGAUGAAGAGAGCGGUAGAGGGUCUUCCAUGAUAGCCUUGGAGGAAUUUCUGAAAACUGCAGUCGCGUGGAGGGAGAAUCCAUGAGUUGAUUCUGUUGAAUCUGGAUUAGGUGUGGUCGGGAUGACAGCUUGCUGGAUGACGCCCUUGAUAGUGGGGCCCACUUUAAUUUAUAUGUUGUAUAUCCAAACCGUCCAUCAGUUAUUCCAUCUCAUUUUAGUAUCUGAAACAAAAAAUGAAGCAUAUCCAAAUAUUAGGUGGACCACACCAUAGGAAACAGUGGUGAUUGAAUGCCUACCAUUACAAACUUCCUAGGGUCCACCGUAAUGUUUAUUUUCCAUCCAACCAGCUGAUAAGGUCACACAGACCUAGAUGAAUGAAAACACAUAUAUCAGCUUGAUCUAAAACUUUUGUGGCCCAUAAAAAGUUUUAAAUGGUCAAUCGCCACUGUUUCCUGUCGUGGGGUCCACUUGAUAUUUGCAUCUGCUUUAUUUUUGUGCUCAUAUCCUAAAAUGAGCUGGAAUAAUCGGAUGGACCGUAUGGAUAUAUAACACAUGCAUCAAGCGGGCCAUUGUAAAAGGCCUCAUCCAGCAAGCUGUUAGUAGGACCUCACCUAAUGUGCGUCCGUUUAGAAUGUAGACAAUCGUUUUCAACAACUCUUAUUCAAUUCUAUAAACGAA